CUUCUCUCUCAGGACAACCAAGCACCCGCCCCGUUUACACUCACUACUGCUCGUUCAACAUGGGUUGGUUCAGCAGCGACUCUGACCAGGGCCAGGCCUACACCGACUACAACAACGCCCCCCACAAAUCCUCGAUCACGCACGAGCUGAUCGCUGCCGCCGCUUCGUACGAGGCUGCCAGGGCUUACGAGAACCACGUCGCGCAGAACGGCGCACCCGAUAGCCACGCUGAAACGAAGGAGCUUCUUGCCGCGUUUGCGGGUGGCUUCGUCGACAAGGAGGUAGAGUCCAAAGGCCUUGACUUCAUCGACAGGGAGAAGGCCAAGCGUGAAGCCACCCGGCAGGCUGAGCAGGCCUAUGACGACCAAGGCAAUAACUUCUAAACAUCUUCGAACGGGAUAAUGUAACAUCACCUGUACAUCAUAGGGCGUAAGACAACCUGAAAUGCACGCUGUGAUCGA